AUGCAGUGGGAAGACACACUGUGGUUAGACAUCUUCAAUCAGGAAGCUUCUUGCAUCGUGCGGCAAACCUACCGGCUACGCACCUUGAUACGCUCUCUUCGGGAUCCCUACAGCCAGACACCUAGUCUGGCUUUGUUUUUUGAAUCCCCGGAGUGGAAGUAUUUUCCAGAGGACGAAGAGUCUGGAGUUCAUUUGCGUCUCGACCCUGACACUGCCAAAGGGCGACACCCACUGCUGAUCGCCAACACAAAAUCCUUACUUUCACACUCCCCACCCCGUUGUGCGUCUACCCGAGGAACUCUCAGUGCAUCUGUCAUACAGGAAAAAGUCUUCCCGAGAGCGGAAUCACUAAGCGUCUUGCCCAGGAUACUCCUUCCCUUUGCAGAUGUUCUCUACUUCAUGUGCAUGAACCAGUCAGACAUGCGUGUCAUUGAAGCGCAAAUAACUCAAUGGAUGCUCGCCUGGAGGGAAGCUGGCACAGGGACCCCAUUGCCCGGCAUCGUAGUUUUAUUGUCUGAAUUUUACCCUCUGCAGCCCGUAACGGUCCAGAGGCAGUUGGCGAAGAGGCUUCCAACAGGCAAAAUAUGCGUUGUGAGAAUAGAGCAGUCCACAUGGUCAACCGAUGGAUUCGGGCCUAUCCGCGAAAGGCUGGGACAAACAGCCGUUCGCACUCGUCGCUGGAAGAUCAAUCACAACAUGCUCUUCUCUGGCCGUCAUAUGAUGGGGUUAUUCGAAGAAUCGUUCAGCACUGCUUCCGCAAAACGUCCCUUCCGUUAUGUUGAGGCCUCUCGAGCGCUCCACCCUGUCGCUCCAGAUCUGAUUAAGCAUCUGAACAACUAUGUAGAGACACUGUCGGAAAGCUACGACCAGUCGUUCGCGGCGGAAUCAAUUGCUGCUAGUUUUCUGCUCGAUCAUUUGACCCCAGGGAUGCAUGAAUUCAAUAUACACGAUGUCUUCACCGUCUUAUACCGGGGCGCAUGUCGGCAGCUCUCUGAGAACAUUAAAUUCCCCAGCCCCGAUCUUAUCUUACACCAUAUGAACCUCCUACACACGAAGUUUCGGCGUGCUGGAGGCGAGAUCACCGAUAUACUCCAAGACAGCAUGAAACGUCAUAGAAAAAACUGGUCGAGGGUAGAGGGCAGUACUGACACAUGCUUUGUUUGUCUAAGGAGACGGCCGGAAUAUCAGCUUCCAUGCAGCCACACGCUGUGUGUCAGCUGCGUCAAGGACUUCGGCAACCAGUGCCGCCAGAACCCCGAUCGCUUCAUUGUGCGUAGCUGCUUUCUAUGCGACAACGCGUGUAAUCUCGUAGUUUUGGACCGGCCCCCUACAACGGGCGUCGGGCUGCUCUGCCUCGACGGCGGAGGGGUUCGUGGAAUUGUACAAACGGAAAUACUUCGCCUUUUAGAAGAACGCAUUGGUUUGCCUAUCCGAAUACAAGAACACUUUCAACUAGCCGCAGGCGUUAGUGCUGGUGGUCUGAAUCUUAUCGCGUUAUACCUUCAGGGGUGGCAUCCGUCGGUGUGUACUGGGAAGUAUGAGGAGAUGGCAAACGUGAUAUUUCGCAAAGGCCCGCUGCAGCACAUACCUGUUCUGUCGACAGUUUUGGCACUGUGGAACAGAUCACUGUAUUCUGCACAAUCACUGGAAACGGCCAUUGAACAGACCUACGGCGAUAGACGGAGGAUGUUAGAUCCUUCGUACGCGUCUUCUAUUGGCGCCCGCAUUCUGCUUCCCGUCGCAAGAAGUCCUGAGCCGUCCAUCUUUGUAUUCACCAACUACAACGGAGUUGGGGACGACGUAAAAGAACGAGGCCCGUGCACAAAUAUGCCGGGAGGGCAAUUGACCGCCAGCGGUCACCGAGCGGUUCAAGGCUCAGGCUAUGAGCUGUAUGGAAAUGGUAACCAUAUUGCGGUAUCAGACGUAUUUUUUCCGCCCAAGUUUAUACUGGGCAUUGGUUGGCUGCAAGAUGCGGGCAUGAUUGAGAACAAUCCAAUCACUCUACUCCUUUCCCAAUACUACCGGCUGUACUCUAAAAAUGGCACUUAUCAAUUUCUGCUGAAUAUUGGCUCAGGGUCAAAGUCAAACGAUGUGCGCCCCCGCCAUGGAAGCAGUGGUGGCGUAAUAGCUGCGGUAGUUGAAGCAUACAAGACGAGCGCGUUAAACAGGGUUAUGUCCGCGUACGAGUGGCUACUCAGUGGGUUGUCAUACUGGGGAAGAUACACAGCAUCCAUGGAUAACACUUCCGAGCUGCGGGAAUUGUCAUACUGGGGAAGAUACACAACAUCCAUAGAUAACACUUCCGAGCUGCGGGACAGGUGCAUUCGACUGGAUACCUCUUUGGAGGGCAUGGAGGCUAGGCUUGACGAUGUGGAGGCUAUUCCAGAGCUCAAACAGAGAGUACAGAUGGAGGCUAGGCUUGACGAUGUGAAGGCUAUUCCAAAGCUCAAACAGAGAGUACACAAUGAUGCUUCGUUGUCGACAGACAUAGAGAGCAUGGCGGAUCGUAUCAUCGCAUCCAUGUUCUACUUCGAGCUUGAGGACGUGCCAGUGCAGGAUGGUGCCACAUUCAAAGGACCCAGUCGUAUUUUAUGUCUACGCAAGAGCGGCGAUCCCACCCUGUCCUUACUUAUUGAGAAGCUAAUGGCAUGGAACGCGAGGUUUGUUGUGAACGACAAGGUCAUGGCGGGUAACUUUCUGUCCCCCGCUUUUUGGGACGAAACGGGGAAUUUUUUCAUGCCGGUAGAGUUCCAAACAGAGGGGCAGAAAUUGUCUGCAUCGCUCAGAUGGCCAGACGGCAGAAACUACCCGUUGAGCGGUAGCCCAUAUCGACUCUGCACGCUGGUUGAAAAGCAAGGGCUUGAUGCACCUUUUGGCCUGCCGGAUCACAGAAGAUGGCAUCGAAAACCACGCCACAUUGGCAAUGCUCCUCUAAGUGUUGAGUGUGAAGAUCGAAAGCCCGGCUUGAAACGCAAGUCGACGACGAAAGCUUCAAGAGAGGAUGGCUGCAAGAGACGCAGGCUAUGGUGGUCGGCAAGUCAGUACUACCCACCAAAAUGA